AUGCCGCCCAUGGCCAAUAGUUUCCAGCUUCCCGACCUCAGGCUCUUCUGCCAGCCGUACUUCGAACUACGCGUCAAUCCCCGGUGCAGGAAUGCAACCUCGCUCUCCGAGCGGUGGAUAAUCGACAACGGCUUGAUGCACCGCAAUCAGAGAGCAGCACUCCGGGGAGCCAAGGCGGGCCUGCUUGCUGCCACAUGCUAUCCUACCUGCGACUUGGGGCAGCUACGGUUUAUCACGGACUUCAUGACCUUGCUGAUGUUCUCGAAGAAGUCGAUGCACUUGUCUGCUCAACUAUGGCAGAGGCUCUUGUAUUUCCGGAAUCCAUACUGGCAUGCUCGCUUCCAGGGACACUUGCAUGGAUUCCACGCGGCCCACAACCAGAUGAUCAGGGAUAAAGAGCAUGGUGCUGUGCCGGAUCUCGAGUCCUACAUUGAGCUCCGGCGGUAUUCCUCCGGCCUGGAGAUGGCAUUUGACCUGAUCGAGUACGCGGAGGGCCUGAAGCUACCGGAAUACGUAUUCGACGACCCUGUCAUCCAAGAGCUCAGGCAGAACGCCAUCGACAUCGUGUCCUGGUCAACAGACAUAUUUUCAUAUAGCGCAGACCAGGCACGCGGCGACAAGCACAAUCUGGUGUCCAUCCUCAUGGAGGAGCGCCAUCUCACGUUGCAGGGUGCCGUCAUCUACGCCGGCAACCUCGUGAGGGACUACAUCGAGACCUUCGUCGAGAACGAGCGGCUGUUGCCGUCAUGGGGCGACGCCUCCAUUGACGACGACGUCCGGACGUACGUGCGUGGCCUGCGGGACUGGAUAGUGGGCUCCAUCCACUGGGCAUUCGAGACGGAUCGCUAUUUCGGACACGCCAGGGAUGAGGUCCGCACUUUUGGCUGGGUGUUCCUCGCGUCCUCGUCGAAAUCGAAAAACUAA